GGAUGGAAUGAUAAUAAGCUUGAGAACUCAAUUAUAUAACAUGCUUAGCUGCCGGGUUUUUAUAAAGUCGACUAUGAUUGGUAUAGUCGACGACAACGAUGGUCGGCGAGAAUAACCGCAGCGUGCAUUUUGACCUUUGGAUGAUUCACACACAUGCAAAUUACAUCAUUUAUUUUUGGAGUCUACGGAGUCUCAUAUUAAACCCAACCUGAUCUCCGGUUUGAUUGCGAUUCGCGUGAGUUAUGGCUCGAACUUACGUAGAUUGUGUAGCCUUUCCCUACCUUGAGCCUAUCCGUAUUGCGCUACACCUGCGCAAAACGUAAUCCACGCUCUCUCAGUGUGGCCGCAGGAACUUGGUUCAAGCGGAUACCAGCGAUACGUGCCGAAAUUGCCAGUUUGCAUAAGAUGUUGGGAGCUUCAACUGCUUGAAUUUGAAAUACUUUCACCGUCCGCCUUGUGACCACCGUUUGAAUCCUCUAAUUUUCCUCCAGUCGCCGUGAAGUCCGCGAGUGUUACUUUGUCAGUGUAUUUUGUAUAUUAUUUAGUAGCUGAGAGGAAAAUGGAAAAGGUUGGGACAGAGAAUCCAGGUUUUAUUGGCGAUAAUGGCAGCGGGGAAAGGCGGAACUCGAAAGAAAUCCUUGGAACGAAUAACGAUGGAUUUAACUUUGCUUGCCAGAUGCCUAACGACAGAAAACUGCCGUUCUCGCCGCUGGAAGAGACGUCGACAGCGGAAAACGAAAAGAAACGAGCGACUUGGGGAAGCGAUACGGAAUUUCUUAUGUCCUGCAUCGCAAUGUCCGUCGGACUUGGCAACGUUUGGAGAUUUCCGUUCACCGCGUACGAAAACGGUGGUGGUGCUUUUCUUAUUCCGUAUAUCCUCGUACUCUUCGUAGUGGGGAAGCCGUUUUACUAUUUGGAAAUGAUAAUGGGUCAAUUUACCAGCAGUUCCUCUGUGAAAAUAUGGUCCGCCGUACCGGCAUUGCGUGGUGUCGGCUGGGCACAAACAUACUCGACGGCCGCCGUAGGUACUUAUUACUGUGCGUUGAUGUCGAUCAGUUUGUUGUACUUCGUGAGAAGCUUCGCGACGCAGCUCCCAUGGUCCACGUGUCUGGAGGAUUGGGGAGACAGUUGCGUGGAUUCGGCCAAGAAGGGUAACAUCACCGACAAUAUCACCGUGGUGAGAAGUUCUGCUGAACUAUAUUUUACAAAAACAGUACUGAAAGAGAAAGAGAAUAUUGACGAUGGAGUGGGCCUUCCAGACUGGAAGCUGACAGUAUGCCUUUUAAUUGUGUGGGUCUGUAUUUGCGGAUUGGUAGCACGCGGCGUAAGGACUUCAGGAAAAGCCGCCUAUUUUCUCGCCAUAUUUCCGUAUAUCGUGAUGAUCUGUUUGCUGAUUAGAGCGGUGACUUUAGAAGGUGCCGUAAACGGAAUUGUCUUCUUCAUUAAGCCCAACUUUGAGAAGUUGUUCGAAGCGGAUGUCUGGUACGCUGCUGUCACACAGUGCUUCUUUUCACUGUCGGUUUGCUUCGGUGGUGUAGUCAUGUACUCGUCUCACAACAACUUUAACCACAAUAUUUACAGAGACGUUAUAAUUGUAACCACGCUAGACACGUUAACGAGUUUGUUGGCGGGCUUCACUAUUUUCGGCAUACUCGGUAAUUUAGCGUAUGAGCUUGGCACCGAUGACAUAAGUCGUGUGGUACGAAGCGGAACCGGCCUUGCCUUUAUUUCCUAUCCAGACGCUAUAGCAAAGUUUAGCGUUUUGCCACAGCUGUUCUCCGUGCUUUUCUUCUUAAUGCUAUUUGUCCUGGGAAUUGGUAGCGCUGUUGCGUUGGUCAGUUCUCUUAAUAUCAUUAUUUGUGACCAAUUUCCAACGUGGAAGCACUGGCAUGUAGUUAUCGGGACGGCUGUAAUUGGCUUUCUCGCCGGUACUCUUUAUUGCACACCUGGUGGUCAAUUCAUGCUAGGUCUGGUGGAUUUCUACGCAGGAUCAUUUAUAAUCUUCUUCUUAGCUACGUUGGAGAUGAGCGGCACAUUCUGGGUAUACGGACUCGAGAAUUUGUUGGAUGACGUCGAGUAUAUGUUACAGAGACGUCCAUCAGUAUAUUGGAGAAUCUGCUGGGCGAUAAUCACACCGUUGUUGCUCGCAGGAAUCCUAAUUUAUACUAUUAUCAACUUAAAACCGCUGACUUAUAGCAACGUACCAUAUCCAUCUAGCGCACAUAUUGUCGGUUGGACGUUAUUCACCUUUGGCGUGCUGCAAGUUCCAUUCUGGAUGCUCUAUACAAUAUUAUCGAAAAGAAAUUUGGGACUACCUGAGAUGUUCAAGGCAGCUUUUAGCCCUUCGUCGAAAUGGGGUCCAAAAAGUCCCGCGCACAUGGCAUCCUGGCGCGAAUUUAAAGAAAUGAUGAAUAAAAAACGCGAAAAACGCAAUUGUUCGCGGUUAAAACAGUUUAUUUAUGUGAUUUUCUGUUUAGAACACAAACUCGUCUGAUCAUACAUUAUUUUAGUAUUUUAUGUUAUGAAAUGUUCCACAUAGGACGAUGUAUAGUUAAAUGAACUUGCAUUUUAACACAUAGAAAUUCACAUGGAAAUUCACAUAGUUUUAUUCGCAUUUAACUCACGUUUCUCAUGUCGACAGUAUUAACAGUUCGUGUUAAUAUAACAAUGUGUAUGCUCUGGCGGUUAUCAGAAAUCCUUUUACUGAUAUGGGUGCACGCAUGUACAACACAUGUAUCCGAAGCACAUUACAAAUAUUUGUGGUUAUUUAUUUUAUUUAGUUUAUUACUUAUAUAUUCAGAACGGAGUUUUAAACUUUCGAUAAAUAAUUUUGACAAUAGAGAAUUGCAAAACUUUAAUCUGUGACUUUAAACUGGCAUGUUGUAUCAACAUUAGCAAAGAGUAUAACGCACAAUUUGUGAUUAUUUGUAUUCUCUGCAAUAAUUUAUAUUUCGAUGUACACAUUUCACAUGUUUUAUCUUGUAAGAUUAUCAUCAAAAUGUAAUACAGCAAUGCAUAAAUAAUACAGUAGUAACAAAGUUUGUCUAAGCCAUGUAUUUACUCGAGCUAUAAAUUUACUAUUUUCACUUGUGACUUAUAAAGGA